UACUUUGAGUGGCCAAAAAAAAACAAAAAAAAAAAAAGGGAAGAGAAAUUCACAAAGUAAAUGACUUGAUCCUCAAUACGGUAUACCCCAGAAAUUUAGAAACUAAACCCUCUUUCUCUCAUAAACUUUGUCUGUUUCUUCAAAGUCCAAAUCUCGAAGACAAAAAUGAAAGAGAGAGAAGAAGAUCAAAUACCACAUCAUCGACAAAGAAGAGUCUCACACGUAGUCUUAAAACUCGCAAAACCCAUCACCUACUUUCUCCUCCUCUUGCUAACGUACACCUUGGGUUACCUAUCAGCCUCAUCUAUUGGGAAUGCCACGUCACUCCCGACAACCCGAACCCGGCUCAGGCCCACACGUAGAAUCAAAGACCUCAAACUCGACGACUUCCGAGUCAGCAAUCACUGUUCCAACCCAGUCCCCUCCGACCUCGUCCGACAAACAAUCCUCAACCGUAUCUACAACGCCAGGUCACCUUUCGUUGACUUCCCUCCGGACCACGUCAGCUCCCUCGUUCGUCCCCAGAGAAUCGGUGGGUGGGGCUCAAACGGCGCCGUUUUCGAACACCUUAUUGAGAGGGUGAAGCCCAAAACCAUCAUCGAAAUCGGCACUUUCCUUGGCGCUUCGGCGAUUCACAUGGCCCGGUUGACUCGCCAACUCGGCCUCGAAACCCAGAUCCUCUGCGUCGACGAUUUUCGGGGCUGGCCCGGGUUUCGGAACAAGUUCAAGAACAUUAAAAUGGUGAACGGCGACGUUGUGCUCAUGUACCAAUUCAUGCAGAACUUGGUAUCCGUAAACGAAACGGAUUCGGUUUUGCCCAUACCGUUUUCGACUGGGUCGACUCUCGAUAAGUUUUGCGAGUGGGGCGUGUACGCUGAUUUGAUCGAGGUGGAUGCGGGUCAUAAUUUUAUGUCGGCUUGGUCCGAUAUCAAUCGGGCGUACCGGCUUUUAAGACCCGGUGGAGUACUUUUUGGGCACGAUUAUUUUACUGCAGCUGAUAAUCGAGGUGUUAGGAGGGCUGUCCGUCUGUUUGCUCGAGUUAACGGCUUCAAAAUUAUACUCGAUGGCCAACAUUGGAUCAUUGAUUCUACUUAA